AUGUCGAAUAGGAAAAAAGUAGCAUAUUUCCAUGACCCUGAUAUAGGUAGCUAUUAUUAUGGAGCGGGUCAUCCUAUGAAGCCUCAAAGAAUUCGAAUGACACAUUCGUUAAUUGUAUCAUACAAUUUAUAUAAAUAUAUGGAAGUAUAUAGGCCUCAUAAAAGUGAUGUGAAUGAGUUAACUUUAUUUCAUGAUUAUGAAUAUAUUGAUUUUUUAUCAUCAAUAUCUAUGGAAAAUUAUCGAGACUUCACAUACCAAUUAAAACGGUUUAAUGUUGGAGAAGCUACUGAUUGCCCAGUUUUUGAUGGCCUUUUUCAAUUCCAACAAUCAUGCGCAGGUGCAUCGAUUGAUGGUGCAGCGAAAUUAAAUCAUCAUUGUGCUGAUAUCUGCGUGAACUGGUCAGGUGGUUUACAUCAUGCAAAAAUGUCAGAAGCUAGUGGUUUUUGUUAUAUUAAUGACAUUGUUUUAGGAAUAUUAGAACUGCUAAAAUAUCAUGCUCGUGUCAUGUAUAUUGAUAUUGAUGUUCAUCAUGGGGAUGGAGUUGAAGAAGCUUUUUAUGUUACUCAUAGAGUUAUGACUGUAUCAUUCCAUAAAUUUGGUGACUAUUUUCCUGGUACAGGUGAUAUAACAGAUGUUGGAGUUAAUCAUGGAAAGUACUAUAGUGUUAAUGUGCCAUUAAAUGAUGGAAUAACAGAUGAAGCAUUUGUGGAUUUAUUUAAAGUUGUUAUAGACAAAUGUGUUCAGUCUUAUAAGCCUGGUGCUAUUAUACUUCAAUGUGGAGCAGAUAGUUUAACGGGUGAUAGAUUAGGAAGAUUUAAUUUAACUAUAAAAGGUCAUGCAAAAUGUGUUGAACAUGUACGUUCAUAUAAUUUACCAUUAUUAGUUUUAGGUGGUGGAGGAUAUACAAUACGUAAUGUAUCAAGAUGUUGGGCAUAUGAAACUGGAGUUGUUUUAAAUAAACAUCAUGAAAUGUCUGAUCAAAUUAGUUUAAAUGAUUAUUAUGAUUAUUAUGCACCUGAUUUUCAAUUACAUUUACAGCCAUCUAGUAUACCAAAUUAUAAUUCUCCUGAACAUUUAAGUAAAAUUAAAAUGAAAAUAACAGAAAACUUAAGGAAUAUUGAGCAUGCCCCAGGUGUUCAAUUCUCUUAUGUACCACCUGACUUUUUUGAUUCAGAUAUAGACGAUAAAAGUGAUAAAAAUCAAUACGAACUUAAAGAUGAUAGUGGAGGUGGUAGAGCAGCAGGAACAAGAGGAAAAGAACAUUCAUCUAGCCAUCAUCUAAGGCGAAAAAAUUAUGAAGAUGAUUUCUUCGAUAUGUCAGACAGAGAUCAAGGAAUUAUUUAA